AUGGGCGGGAGUCCUAUGGUGCCUUGGCGGUUGGCGGCACCUUCUAUGCAAAGCUCUACGCAGAAAGUGAAGAAGGCAAAGGCGACACCUUCUUUAGGCGAUUCCAAGAGUCGGAACCUAAUGGGCAGCGCCAGAAGCAAAGGUGGAGAGGGCCCAGGUGGGAAGUUGGGCGUAGUAGGCGUGGCAGGCUGGGGCACUGGCACUGGCACUGAGGCUAGGAUGUAG